UUUAUUUAGCCUACAAGGAUGACAGUUUGUCUGCUAUGAUGAUGAUCUAAAAUAUGUCCGUGGAUAAACGCUCAACAUCCGACCAUUGAUCCAGAUUCCAGACAAUGCAGAUCGUGCUGCAAUCUACACAGCCACGGAAUUCAGCGAGACAGGUGCAUCUCACUAAUAAAAAUCAGACGGCUCUGGACUGCACAAUGAUCGGAUACCUGUUGAUGCAGCAGUGGGGGCUUCUGCAAAGUCUUUUUAUGACAUGAUUCGAAAUGCUUUUAACCCAAACUGCAGUGUCAAGAGAGAUAAUCUCGUAUUUUAUGUAAUUUAAUUAGGCUAUAGAGACAGAAUGGGCACAGUAGUUGAGGAUACGUUCUGUCUGUUGAAAUAUAUUUCUACCUGCAUCUGCAUGUUAAUGACAGGUUACAAUGAGACAGCAUGGACUAUCAGUCUGUCAUAUCUCUCUUGGACUGCCCACUGACACACUCACUCUUAGACCUCAUCCAAUACCUUUUGAAUAACGAUGCUUAUCCGAUUCCUUAGAAUCCCUCGGCCAAAAAUAGGCUGCUCCCUACUCCUUUUAUUUGGCUAAUUCCAUAGGAACCGGUGGAUCCAGUUAUAUUCUACGCUUUCUUUCUUUCUUUUUUUCUUUCUUUGUUCCUUUUUUUCUUUCAUUUAGUCUAAAAGCAAGUUAAAUCUUCCCCGACCUCAUUGUUGCUGUAAUAAAUACAAAAUCCAGUAAUACACAGUCUAUAACUGUUGAAGUGUCCAUAUUUUGGCUUAUCAAGCUGUACUUCAUAGAAUAUUAUAGGAUACAUACUGUACAUAAAGGGAAGGUGCGUGCGGGCUGAGGUGAAAAAGUUGACGGGCUAGUUCAGCACAGAGGAAGUAACUACCAACGCUACUUAUUGAGGAGUGUGCUGCCAUGUUCCUAAACUUUAUUCAGUUUGUAUGCAGGACAGGACCGUGGUAUAUUCAACUGAAGUAUUUCUUUUUGGUACCCCACUUUUUAAAAAGAGGAGAGUAGACCCUACAUUAUUAAUUGUCUAUCAAAUACAUAUUAGACAACUGGGGAUUUUAAUUUGUAUUUUAGAACGAGGUGCGACUUCGACUGACGAAGAUCACUGACUUGCACAGGGGAGACACCGAAAGCUCUCCCCCAACUAUGGAAACAGAGGCAACUGAUGUAUACUCUGCAAGUAACGGAGACUGCUCUCCCAGGAAGACAGAGAACUCUAGAAUGUUGGUGGACCUGUCGGCAAACACACCCAAUGGACAGCAGUUCCAGCAUCCUAAUUCACCCACUGAAAACACAAUCAAACAGGAAGAUGAGACAGAAGAUGAAGGGGACAGGAGGACCACAGCAGAGGACAUGGGCCAAAGCGGGGAAGAGGGAUCGGGUUUGGAGGAGCCCAUGAUUGACAGCCCAAACAACCUACAGGAUGGGGUCCCCGGGUCAGAAGGGUCAUGUGACCCAGGAACUCGGCUGCCCAAUGUGGGCAAACCACACAAGUGCAACUACUGUGGGCGAAGCUACAAACAGAGGAUUUCAUUGGAGGAGCAUAAAGAGCGUUGCCAUAACUACCUUCAGAGUGUUGCCAUGGAUCCCACCUCCAUCACCGGGCCUUAUCCAGGUGAGGUCCCUAAAGAGCAGAGGCCCCUGGCUGAGGUUGUUGCCAGGGCAACCUUCGACCGCCCACCCAUCAUCGAGAGACUGCAGAGUAACAUGGGGAAGAGGAAGAGCACCACCCCACAAAAGUUUGUGGGUGAGAAGAUGAUGCGUUUCAGUUACCCAGAGCUGAGCUAUGACAUGAGUCUGAAGUAUGAGAAGGAGGCAGAGCUGAUGCAGGCUCACAUGAUGGACCAGGCUAUCAACAACGCCAUCUCUUACCUGGGCUCUGACUCCCUGAGACCCCAGGUCCACCACCCCCACCCGCACGGUCCACACGGUCCACACCCAUCCCUCUCAAUGGCUGAGGUGGUUAACAUGGGCAACCCCCUCUUCCACCACGUCUACCCCCUGGAACCAGGGCCGGGGCACCGUAUGGACCGACCAAGCAGCCGGGACGCCCCACCUCAUCCUUCACCUCUGCACCCUCCUCUUCCUGACUUUACUCCCUCCUCCAACGGGCCCAUCGCCCUCACCAGACCCAAGCAGCACCAGCUCCAGGGUACAAGAGAGGAGAGAGAGUGUCCUAGCAACAGUGGGCUCGACUCGGCCGAAUCUGCCCGGAGCAGCCCACAGGAGAGGCUGGUUUACCACAGGAACCACAGAAACAACCCCCACCCCCGACCCAGGUCCAGACCCAGCCCAGCCAAUGGCGGCAGAGAGGAGGGGCAAGGUGGGGCUGAGGUGCGUGGGGUGGGGUUGACAGCGGAGGUGGCCCGGGGAGAGGUGUCAGAGACGAGUCGGGACGGAGUGCGUGUGUUUGGGCGAGAGGGCCGGGAGGUGAGGGUGUUCCAGUGUGAGCACUGCUGUGUUUUCUUCCUGGACCACGUUAUGUACACCAUCCACAUGGGCUGUCAUGGUUACAGGGACCCGCUGGAGUGCAACAUCUGUGGCCACCGCAGUAAGGACUGCUACGAGUUCUCAUCUCACAUUGUCCGCGGGGAACACACCUUCCAGUAGAGGGCUGGACAAGACAGGAGCCGUCCCUCCCCAUCCCCACCCCAGGACUGUGAUGUUAAACUAACUGUGUGUGGUCAAUGCAACCAAUCAAGGCAGAGAAAACUAACUAACAUUUCCUGCAGCAUAAUGAUACUGACUAUAUAAUUCCAAACAAAUAUAUGAAGGUCUGGGCCAAAUACACAUUUUCAUUUUUUAAGGUGUUUUGAAGAUUUUAAAGUUGAGAUAUGCAUCUGAAGUGAGGGAUUUCUUCGUGUGGGAAAAAGAGGACAAGGAAUAAGUACACCUAUUCAGUUUUGUUGUGGUCUGUCUCUGAGAUUGUCAAAGAGCAACUAAUACUGUGAGUAGUUAUAUUAUAGUUGUAUAAGUCUUAUCACUGUCCUUGUCUUGCAUACUGUAUUGUUGCACUUGUUUGCUGCAACACAGACUGCCAUGUAAGAGCUCAACUUAUCAAGGGGGCUUUCCCUGACUCCACCACCCAAACCAUUUCAUGCAACAUACAUCUUCUCUGUCUUAUGUCAAAAGCCUUGCUAACUGCAAACUGCUCAGACGUGUUGUCACACCAGCCACAUUAGAGAGGGAGGGAGAGAAGAGCAAGUGAGAGAGAGAGAGACAGAGAGCUAGAGAGAAAGAAUGAAAAUAAAAGAGAAGGAUAGAGACUUACUCAGACAUUGAUUUACUUUUUCAGACAUUGUAUACAGAUGUUAUUAAAGUUUUGUUCAUUACACUAGCUAACUAUCUGCUUUCCGUAGAACAGUUCCUUUAACCUUAUCAGUUCCACAACACUUCACAGAGGAAAGGAAAAGCACUGCACUGCAACCUGCCUCCCUAAACCUGUUCUUGCACUAGCAGCCUGAUGCCUUGAGGGAUGGGGAGGACGGGAAUGGAUGAGGCACUCCCUGGUUCAAUAGCAACUUCACAUAUCUUUCUCGCAGCUUGCCUUUACCCCACUCAUGUGUCUUUAGUGAACAGGCUGCUUUCUGCAGAUUACAUGUCAGUGCAUGUACUCCACUGUACUCCAGGGUUGGGAUCAAUGCCAUUUCAAUUCAGUCAAUGAAAAAAAGCAAUGAGGAAAAUUGGCAUUGGAAUUUGGAAUUGCAAUUAACUUUUUUUGUUGAUAGAAUUUAAAUAGAAUUGAUCCGAACCCUGCUGUACAGUGGAUAUGAAUGAUGUGGAAAGGAUUUAGCCCAGUACAAAUGGCAAUGCACUUUAAACUGAUACACUGGUACUGUCAAGUAGACAGAAAGCAGUGUGGUUUAGAGUUUACUAAGAGCCUUUUUAGAAGGAUAAUGCCAAUGAAGGGAGAUGGCACUGAUUUGGAUCAAAUAUGAUAAUCUAGGUGCACUUGGACAAAUGCGUAAGACAAUGUACAUACUGCUCUUUAGAUAACUCAUAUUUUGCUGGCAAAAUAUGUAAUGUCGCUGUUGUUCUGUUUAUUUUGCAGCAUAUACCAUAUUUUGAAGUGUCUUUUGUCUUGAUAGUCUUUGGCCAUUGGAAUGGCCCUAUGUAUAUGGCCAGGAACAGUUCACUGUUCAAUUCAAACUUCUCCUCUCCUGCCUGGUCUAUGUAACCUUCCUGGUCAAAGUAGCAGCUUAUUUCUGUUUACAUGACAGCGACGUGGACAAAUGAUAUAUCUACUCAUAGUGCAACAGACAUACGGUACUUCUAUUGCAACAGCUUAUUGUUACUGUAAAGUAUUGGCAAUAGUAUCUGUUUACACUUUUUAGUUGUUGUAGUAUCUCAUAUACUGUUGUACAUUGUACAUUCCCACACUGCAUUAUUCUUAUUAAAUGAGCGCCCCUA